GUCACCCCCAUGGACACCAGUCCACCCUCCCCGUCUCCCCUCUUCGGGUCUCCCCCUGGAUCCAGCAGGAGCCUCUUCCCAUCUUCCCAGGCCCUGCAGACACCCCCCAGGGACAGCGCGGCCUCUGCCACGGUCAGCACCAGCCUGCCUGGACUCCGGUUCAGCUGCUCCUCUCACACCAGAGCCCCGGCCCAGCCCACCUCUGGGGUCCCUGAUGUGCAGCAGCGCCGAGCCCCCGCCUGGGGCCACUCACCACACUGUGGAAACCCGGCAGCUCCAGCCCUAACGGGGAAUCCAACCUCUGCUCCAGGCCCCCCAGCUCCACCCACCAACUCCCCCAUGGGCACCCGUGCCAGCACCCAGCCGGCCUCGGCUGCAUUCCCAGCUGGCCCAGCCCCUGCCGCUGCCACCUGCGUGCCCCAG